UCCAAACUCCAAACUCCAAACUCCAAACUCCAAAGCUAGCAAGCAAUCCCUACAUUUUCAUUCCUUUCCACAACUAACUCCCAAUUCAAUGGCUUCCAGUGCUCUAGCGUGCUCUGCUUCUCCCUUUCUAUCAAACGCCUCCGUGUCCAACACUCCCAGAAGGACGCCCGCUCCGUGCUCCGUUUUCUUGCCCUCUUCAUGCGGCGGCGUUAGAAGGCCGCUAAAGCUCAGAGCUCAGGCCGCCGCCGCCGCCGGCGACCACAACAAAGACACCUCCGUUGACGUGCACCACGCCAGCACCGGCGGCAACAGCAACCAAUCCGCCACCGCCGUUGAGCGUCGACCUAGCCGCAUGGCCGCCCUCGAUGUCCCUACCUUCGGGCUUUUGGAUCCUCUGUCUCCGAUGAGAACAAUGCGGCAAAUGCUGGACACCAUGGAUAGGCUAUUCGAGGACGCCAUGACAUUCCCGGGAAGGAGCAGAGGAGCGUCGGGGGAGGUGCGGGCGCCGUGGGACAUCCGAGACGAGGAACAAGAGAUCAAGAUGCGGUUCGACAUGCCGGGGCUGUCCAAGGAAGAGGUUAAGGUUUCGGUGGAAGACGAUGUUCUUGUCAUCAAGGGCGAACACAAGAAGGAAGACGGCGGCAAAGACGACGGCGAUGAUUCAUGGUCGAGGAGUUACAGCGCGUACGACACCCGGCUUCAGCUGCCGGAAAACUGCGAGAAGGAUAAGGUGAAGGCGGAGUUGAAGAAUGGAGUGCUCUUCAUCUCCAUCCCAAAGAGGAAGGUUGAGAAGAAGGUCGUUGAUGUAGAGAUUAAGUAAAUUAAAGCUCUUGCUUUUGCAACUAAAAAGUGUGUUUUUUUAGUUUUUCCAUCCAUGUAGUGUAUAUAUAAUUAUAUAUGCCCGCAAUAUAAAUGCAUAUAACUACAAUAUGAGUUGGUUUUAA